AUGGGCCGUAGAUGCUCCCAGAGGAGGGCCUCCGUCGCCUGCGGCCCCCACAACGUAGGAGGCCGCUGCGCAGCCCGGCGGCGAGCCAGAGGCCAGGGCGAGAUAUCGCGACUUCACAUCCAGCAGCCGAUGCCGGACUCUGAGCACCGCCAUCGGCCGCUACAGCGAGCAGCAGCACUGCCGGCACAAGAAUCAGCACCAGCACCAGCACCACCAGCACACACCGCAGUCGAGGAGCGCACAACGCCACCGGCCCCUGCGCCGUCCGGCCCGCCGCCCGCAUACAGCGUCGCCCCGCCUCGCAAGCUUUCCAAGACGUUCUGGCCUCUGCGGGGCGAGGAGUUUGACGAAGUACCCGUCAAGGAUCGGGGUUUGUUCCUGAGCGGUGGCGGCGGCGGCGGUAGCAUCGGCAGCAGCAGCAAGAAGGCGGUGGGCGCGAGCGGCAGCAGCAGCAGCAGUGGCAAGAUGUUGCUCAAGUCCCCGGAGAAACACGCUAUCGACAGCAGCCGCUUUCCCCAAGUGGCCGAGGAGGAAGAGUACGAGCAGGCCCAAGAAGCGCUUCUGCAACAGCAACAACCCUUGUCAGAUUUUCAACCAGUGCGGGCGCGGACUGGGUUCCGGGGCCGGUUCGUGGAUGCCUUUCGUGCGGCGGCUCAUGCUUGGCGUCGGCCGCCUCAGAGUCGGCGGGCAUUUGUCUGA